AAAGUGUCAUGCUGGGAAAAGGAAUGCAAGUGUUAAGAGGUUAACUCUUAACUGCUGCGAGCUUUGUUGUGUGUGGAACGGGGCCAGAUGAGGAUUAGUAUUCAUACUGCUUGCUGAGGGAAGAGUCACCAGUUUGGAAUACAAGUCAUUGUUCUUUGGUGUCUGCUUACGGUAGUCUUGAGGAAAUGAUGUGCACACAGAAGAUAGAAAUUAUGUUCUCCAUUCUAAAGACAGUCUUCUGGCUUGGCUUCUUUGUGUUUCAACCUAGUAGUAGUUCAGAUGUUGCCACAAUGGAAGUGACAGCCAAAGCUGGAGAUCUAGCCAUGCUCCCUUGCAGCCUCAAAAUACCUCCAGGCAAAUCCCUGAAGGACUACAAUGUCUAUUGGCAAAAACCUGUACCUAAGAACGGUAAUGAACUGGUAGUAAUCGGCUACCAUUAUGGCCAAGAAAGACCGGACUGGACAGAUCUCGUGUACCAGAACAGGACAACAAUGGAUCAGCGGAACUUUACACUUUGGAUUUCUCCAGUGAAAGUGUCAGAUCAAGGCCAAUAUAAAUGCCUCAUACUGAACCCUGAGAAGAAUUACGAAGCCCAUUUAAAGCUAUCUGUGGUGGCUGAUUUCAGCAAGCCAAGUAUAGAGGCUGUAUUCAAUCCUCCCUGUGCCCCAACUGUGCUCACAUUGAGCUGUUCUUCUCAAGGAGGAUAUCCACAACCUGAGAUGUCUGGCCUCAUCAAUAAUGAGUCAGUGAAGUGGGACCAUAGUUCCAUAUCAGAUAAUCAAACACAACUCUUUAAUAUAACUGGCAACUAUAACUGGCAGUGCAACAUGACUGGAGAGAUCUUCGUCCAGUGCUCAGUUGGGUAUCUGGGGUUCGAAGUGUCCAGCAGCUUGAGCUUGAGAACCCCGGAGUGUCCUCCUCCAGAACAACCUUCAUCGAAUGGGAUUGUCAUUGUUUCCAUUGUAAUCCUCACUUUCUUUGUAGUUAUGAUAGUUCUGACAAUAUUCCUUCGACACCGCACCUGCAGACAUCCGAGAUCCUCUCAGCAUAUCACCUCUCAUCAACCAGUGGCGACAAGUGAAAUGACAUCACAACAGCUCUCCAAUGGGGCAUCAGGAACAAGAUAUGCCCAACCGUGCAGGACUUGAGAGAUCAUCUCUUCUGUGCUGGGCACCAGCACUAGCUCCGCAGACUCAUUUGUUGACAGAAGCUGAAGAAGUUAAGCUCAGCUGGAUAUAAAAAGGGGAAAAUUCAUAAGAGGACUGCAGUGCUUUUAUAAAGGCUCACCUUAUGAGGCUGUAUGUGGAACAUGAAGAAAUGAUGAAGCUGGCAAUACCCGCAAUGGGAUACUGGGCUUUUCAAUCUGUAAGGACAGCUCCUGGAGCGCUCCAGUUAGUUCAAAGCCACAUUAAUCCUUGCUGAACUGGUCGUCAGUCUCAUUGUUACAAAGUCCUCAGUAAGGGUGUGUGUUUAAUGUAGUGAAGAUAUUUUCUCAUAAUACAUAGCCAUUCCAUGAAGUUGGCAACAGAAGACUAAAAGAUACCAGUAUGGGUCUAUUAUUGGAUAAGACAUAUCCAAAGGAAAAAGUACACUCACCUGCUAUGUAGGGAAAGAGUGGUUUCUCAUUUUGGAAACUCCUAGGCAGGUCCUUUAAAUGCAGCACAUUUUAUCCCUCUUGUGUCUAUCUUUCGUUAUCACCAAGAAAAGAGGAUAUAACUUAUAGCUUUAUUAAUCCUGUUGCUAUGGCCAUUCCAGAGGGACAAGUAUAAGGGUAGCAAAUAUGGUUUCCUCAUUGGCCACAUGAAUAUUUUUAAUAUUAAUUUGUAUUGCUGUAAUAAGCUUCAAUAGUAUGUAUAAGCUUUAAUGUAAUAUCAGGAUAUCAGUGAGCUUCCACACGUCAAACUCAGUUGACUCAUGCCCUCUUGGUUGAAGAGGAUACUUAUGACAGACAAUGGAAGGAGAAAAUGCUAAAUGACAAGCCAAGGCUUAUGAAGAUUGGGCGGGCAAGUGGGCAGAGGAGCUAGAUGGCACAGCAGUGGAGAUAAGCUGAAGAAAUAAAAGAGAGGGCUUUAAAUUGUUCAAGAGAUAUUGAGUAAUUUGAACUUUUAACUCCCUGUAGAUGUUCACUAAACAUACAAGAGUUUAGGCCGCAAAUCCUCACAACCUUGUCCAUCUAGAAUUACAAAUGGGUUUGGAGUGGGAAUAUGAUUUUUCCACAAGUACUUAAACCAGUUUCAUUGGUGCUCCAAUGUUGAUAUUCUCCUCUCCAUUAAACUUUUAUGAGUUCUUAUGAA